CUAAUCGGGCAGCAUCUGCGGAGAUGAAUCAGCGUCGAGUGACCCUUAGCUAGGAAAAUGUGUUCUACUUAGCAGCUCGAAGACAGAAGUGCCAAUCUCUCUCUCGCCUAGAAACCAAUUCAAGUGCCCAGCUCUGCUUCUAUACCGAGGAUCAGCAGUGCCACACUCUCCCAGACACCGCUACAACUGGUCUGCUCAGCAAAGUGGGUUCAGGAGUGUCACACUCUCUCUCCGUCUGAGUCUCCGACAAGGUCAGACUGUCUACAAAGGACCAGGAGUGAGUUCCUCUCUCUCUCUCUCAGACACCAACACUGAGUGGUCUACUUCACAACCGGGGGAACUGAAGUGCCAAUCUCUCUCGCCCUGACACCACUAAAGUGCCUGCCACACUCUCUCACAGACAUCAGGGCAAACUCUACCCGUCUGCACAGGACCAGGAGUGAGCUGCUCUCUCCUAGACACCAAGACUGAGUGUUCUGCUUAGUAACUGGAGGACAGAAGUGCCCAUCCCUGUCUCUCUCUCUCUCUCUCGCCCAGAUCCCACGACAAAAGGCCAAACCCAAGUCAGACUCAGGAGCGCCAGUGUCUGCGGUCUGCCCUCGCCCCCAGCCCAGCCCAGCCCAGCGCAGGGUGCCUGGUGGGUAAGGCCAGGACUAUGCGGCCACAAUGUUGGCCAGGAAGAGCAUCAUCCCGGAGGAGUACGUGCUGGCCCGGAUCGCCGCCGAGAACGUGCGGCGUCAGCCCCGGUACACGGCGCGGCCCCGCCAGGCUCGCUUCAUCGCCAAGAACGGCUCGUGUAACGCGGCGCACAAGAACAUCCGAGAGCAGGGCCGCUUCCUGCAGGAUGUCUUCACCACCCUGGUGGACCUCAAAUGGCGCUACACCCUGUUCAUCUUCACCAUGUCGUUCCUGUGCAGCUGGCUCCUCUUCGCCAUGAUGUGGUGGCUGCUGGCGUUCGCUCACGGAGACCUGGACCCCCGGCGGCCGGGCACCGCCUUGGAGCCGUGUGUCACCAAAGUGCGAUCCUUCAGCUCCGCCUUCCUGUUCUCCAUCGAGGUGCAGGUCACCAUCGGCUUCGGCGGCCGCAUGAUCACCGAGGAGUGUGCGAGUGCCAUCGCCGGCCUGAUCGUGCAGAACAUCUCGGGGCUGAUCAUCAACGCGGUCAUGUUGGGCUGUAUCUUCAUGAAGACGGCGCAAGCUCACCGCCGGGCGGAGACCCUCAUCUUCAGCCGGCACGCCGUCAUCUGCCUGAGGAACGGCCGCCUGUGCUUCAUGUUCAGGGUGGGCGACCUCCGCAAGAGCAUGAUCAUCAGCGCCUCGGUCAGGAUGCAAGUGGUCCGCAGGAGUACCACCGCCGAGGGCGAGCUGCUGCCGCUGCACCAGAUCGAUAUCCCGGUGGACAACCCCCUGGGCAGCGGCAGCAUCUUCCUGGUGGCUCCGCUCACCAUCAGCCACGUGGUGGACCGCCGCAGCCCGCUCUACCAGAUCUCGGCCAGUGACCUGCAGAGCCAGAACCUGGAGGUCAUCGUCAUCCUCGAGGGGGUGGUGGAGACCACCGGCAUCACCACCCAGGCCCGCACCUCCUACAUCUCCGAGGAGAUCCUCUGGGGUUACCGCUUCGUGCCGGUGGUCACCGAGGAGGACGGCACCUACUCGGUGGACUACUCCAAGUUCGGCAACCGCGUCAAGGUGGCGACCCCGCGCUGCUCCGCCCGGGAGCUGGACGAGAAGCCCUCCAUCCUGAUCCAGACCCUGCAGAGGAGCGAGCUCUCGCACCAGAACUCGCUGAGGAAGCGCAGCUCCAUGAGGAGGAACAACUCCAUGAGGAGGAGCACCCCGUCCCUCCUCAACAAAGUGCAGUUCUUCACCCCCAGCGACCCCGCCGAGCACUGAGCUCAAAUCAUUUCUCAGCGUUGGGGCGCGUUUGAUAUCUACACACUUGAGACCAGUUCACACUGUCUGACAAGGUCGUUAUUCUGAGAUCACAACAGAACGUUCAGCAUUAUAUAACGUAUACAUAUUUAUAAUUAUGCUAUGCAAUGUAUAUAUUAUAUCAUAGAAUUCCUACAAUGUGGACGAGUAACCCACCCAGACCCAUUACCUUAUCCUAUUAUCCUAUAUUUCCCCUGACUUAUGCACCUAACCUGCAUAUCCCUGAACACUACCAGCAAUUCAGCAUGUCCAAUCCACCUAACCUGCACAUUUUUGGACUGUGGGAGGAAACGAGAGCACCCAGAGGAAACCCACGCAGACACGGGGAAAAUGUGCAAACUCCACACAAUCGCCCGAAAAUGAACUCAAACUCUUGUCCCU